AUGAGUAAGAAAAGAUCAAUUGAAGAGGAACAUCUUGCUAAGGAAUAUAAUCUUAAAAGGCACUAUGACACAAAUCAUAAAACAAACUAUGACCAAUACGUUGCAAAACUUCCUGAUGACAAAUUGUCGGAAUUAAAAUCAAUUCUUCAAAAACAACAAAGUGUAUUCACUAAAUGUGUUGAAGACAAUACAGCUGCUGUAAAAGUUAGUUAUAUAUUAUCACAUUUAAUCGCAAGCAGAUCGAAACCAUUUACUGAAGGGGAAUUUAUUAGUGAAUGCUUAAUUAAAGCGGCGGAAGUAUUAUGUCCAGCACAAAUAAAGAAAUUUAAAAGUGUAAGUUUAAGUCGAAAUACUGUAGCUAGCAGAAUUGAUGAAAUAGCCGAGAAAUUGAGAAAUCAGCAUAAUUCAACAAUAUCAACAUUUCAAGCCUACUCUAUUGCAAUUGAUGAAAGUACAGAUAUUCGAAAUAUCGCUCAGCUGGCCGUUUUUAUUCGCGGAUGCGAUGUUAAUUUAAAAAUAAGUGAAGAACUUUUGGAAAUCAUUCCUAUGCAUAAUACAACCACUGGAGCUGAUAUUUUUGAUGCACUUAUGGAAGUUUUUAAGAAGUAUAAGUUACCAUUGGAAAAGUUCGUUUGUCUUGCAACUGAUGGUGCACCUACCAUGACCGGUAUUACUAAAGGAGUUGUUGCAAGAUUAAAAGAAACAUGCAAACAGCAUGCACGUGGACUUAAUCAUCGUCAAUUUGCUUCAUUUCUGGAAGAUAUAGAAUGUGAAUACACCGAUCUACCAUAUUAUACGGAAGUUCGAUGGCUUUCGAGUUAUAAAGUGUUAAAACGAUUCUUCAAAUUGCUGGACGAAAUCAUAAUUUUCUUGGAAACAAAAAAUUAUGAAUGUGCUGAAUUAAAAGAUGGACAAUGGAUAAAGGACCUGGCUUUCUCAGUUGAUAUUACAAGUCAUCUUAAUCAACUUAAUCUUAAGCUUCAAGGCAAAAAUCAUAGCGACCCCAGUACGGCAUUUCUCCGAGCAGCACGUGCAGGGCAGUUGGAGAAGGUUUUGGAAUACUUGGAAUCGGGAGUGGAUAUUAACGCUUCGAAUGCUAAUGGCUUGAACGCAUUACACUUGGCAGCUAAAGAUGGACAUUUGGAAAUCGUCCGAGAACUUCUUAACCGUGGCGCAGUGGUUGAUGCCGCUACUAAAAAGGGAAACACGGCAUUACAUAUAGCUUCUCUUGGACAAGGGUAUUAG